AUGGAUAUUGCAAAAAGACCAAUCGGGAUUCGGGCCUCCGCAUCAGCACCAGUCCAAUCAAUCAGAUUUUGCGUGCGAUACAAGAUAAAUUUGCGGCGCGUGACGUUUCGUUUCCUCCUUCUUGCGUCAAUCUACCCUCGGUCUCUACGAUCUUCCCACUUUUCUUCCUGGCUGCGCCAGCUUCCUUUCCUACCCCGCCGGCACGCUCCAUUUCCAAUGACGAUAUCCUACGGCCUUGCUUCGCCCCAGAUCCUGGGUGCGCUUGAGAUCGGCAUAAUGUUCAGUCUGGUCAUGUUCGGAGUCAUCGCGCUCCAGGCAUACACGUACUUCACCCAGAACUGCAGCACCGACAGAAGAUGGCUGAAACUAUUUGUCGGCACGGUAAUGUUUUUUGAACUGUGUCACUCAGUAGCUUCGUGCCACGCGCUGUACUACUUCACCAUUGUCCUGGCGGGUGUCCCUGAGGAGCUCAAAGCGGCCAACAGUUACAGCCUGUCCAUCACCCCCGUGUUCGAAACGAUCAUCACCGCUUUGAUUCAGUGCUUCUUUGCGUUCCGCAUCCGCAUUCUCUCAGGCAGUCUGCGGCUCAGCGUUCUCUGCUGGGCACUCGCGGUAGUCCGGCUCGGCGCGGGACUCACCAUGUCGGUGGUUUGUCUCCUCGAUGUCCCUCUCGAGCCAAACAACUACUACCUCGUCGAAACGUUCGGCGGGAUUAUCACUGCUGCGCUGGUCGUGGGCGUCGUCCUCGACGUGAUCAUCACAAUCGGGCUGUGUGUCUAUAUCAGGCGGCUCUCCACCUCGCCGACGAAGAUGCCGGAUGGAAGCCAGCAGCUCGUGAGAGGAUUGAUCUCUUGGGCCAUCGAAACAGGACUCAUUACCUCUCUUACGUCCGUGACCGUGGUGAUUACUUUGGAUAACCGGUUCUCUGCAGGGAUCUGGCUAGCUCUUUACACCUUCCUAGCAAAACUAUAUUCCAACUCGCUCCUCGUCUCACUCAAUGCUCGCGCCCGUCAUCGGGAAUACGUACGAACGGGAUCAUCGGAUCCUGCUCUGUCGUGGAAUUCCGCCCAGAAACUCGAUGACGUCAAUGAGGCUACCCCAGCAGCGAUUCACCAAGAGUCAAAAGAUUGGGCUGUGUCGCUGCCCGCAGCUGCAUUCAGUCCGAGAGGACAUGAGAACCUUGAGUAUUUGACCCUCUUGUUUGUUUCACUUGUCUUCAAUUGCUUUCGACCUGACCCUCCGUCUGGAUCUCCCAGUGCUUAUAUUUACACGACAUUCAGUCUUGCUGUGCUCCACCACUCUUUAUUUUUCUCUCGUCGUCGUCCCCGUCGCCUGCCUUCUCCCCCCUUUCCUUCGUCCCCAAGAGAUUUCGAGGACCUACUGCUUUCCAGUCCCUGUCGUCUUCUGACAAGCAGAGCAAUUCCUGCUCCGAUGACGAUCUCCUACGGCCUCGCUACACCCGAAAUCCUGGGCGCGCUCGAGAUCGGGGUGAUGCUCAGUCUGGUCAUGUUCGGAGUGAUCUUACUUCAGGCGUACACCUACUUCACCCAGAACUGCAGCGCCGAUUCAAGAUGGCUUAAAAUAUUUGUCGGCGUAGUGAUGUUUCUUGAAUUGGGUCACUCGGUAGCGGCGUGCCAUGCCCUCUACUACUUCACCAUCAGCCUGGCGGGUAUGCCCGAAGAGCUGAAAGCGACCAACAGCUACACUUUGUCGGUUACCCCCGUAUUCGAAACCAUCAUCACCGCUUCGAUCCAGGUAGCAGCCGUUCUUGCAUCAUUCCUGUCUACUACUGAUGCGCGACGGCAGGGCUUCUUCGCAUUCCGCAUCUGGGUCCUGUCAGGCAGUCUCCGUGUCAGCAUCGUCUGCUGGGUGAUCGCCGCAAUCCGGCUGGCCACGGGGCUCAUGAUGUCGACUUUUUCGCUUCUCGACGUCAGCCGCGAGCCGAACAGCACUUACAUCGCUGACACGUACGGGGAUUUCUUCACUGCCGCGUUGGUUAUGGGUGUAGCGCUUGACGUGGUCAUCACCAUCGGGAUGUGUGCCUGCAUCAGGCGGCUAUAUACCACGCCGGUGGAGCUGCCCAAUGGAAGCAAGCAGGUCGUCAGAGGGUUGAUCUGUUGGGUAAUCGAAACGGGACUCAUCACCUCGUUGACAUCUUUGGCCGUGGUGAUUACUUUCCAAACCAUGAAACACAACUGGGUUUGGCUGGGUCUUUACACCGUCCUCGCCAAAUUGUAUUCCAACUCGCUCCUUGUCUCGCUGAACGCUCGGGCCCGUCAUCGAGAAUCCGUACGGACGGGAGGAUCGAAUCUUCCUCCGCCCCCAAAACUAUUCCGAAAAGACGACGGAGAUGAAAUGGCGUUCUCAACUGCGAGCCACCCAAGGUCGAAGAAUUGGGCCCCGUCGCCGCCCGAGGCUGUAUUCAGCUUCAAAGGGUAUCAGAAUGUGUGAACCAGGUCUCAGUCUGAUUUCAUGGUUCAUCUCUCCGCCGCACGAACAUGAGGUAUCUAUCCUUUUUUGCCGAAGCCGGAAUCCGGUUAUCCGACUACUAGGUACUGGACGAAAUUUUGAAUCGAUAGAGCGUGG